AUGCCCUCGCUCUCGCUCUCGCUUCUGCUUUCCCUGCGUCUACUACUGACCUCUCUCCUCCUCCUCUUGCCACACUCACGCGCAGCGCCAGCCACCCCAGCAGCCCUCCGCACGACCCCCGCGCUCUUCGCCUCCCAGACCUUCGACUACCUCCUCGUCGGCGGCGGCACCGCCGGGCUCGUCCUCGCCGCGCGCCUAUCCGAGGACCCCGCCGUCCGCGUCGGCGUCCUCGAGGCCGGCGCGUACGUCGCCCCCGGCUCCGACCCGCGCGUCGACCGCAUCGCGCUGUACGGCGCCGUGUUCGGUGAUCCCGAGUUCGACUGGGGCUUGCGCACGGUCCCGCAGGCCGGACUCGGCGGGCGCGUCGUCAACGAGACCAGCGCGCGCGUGCUCGGCGGCUCCAGCAUGAUCUGCGACGUCCUCUGGCAGCGCGCCUCGCGCGAGGAGUACGACGCGUGGGGCACCGCGCUCGGCAACGGCCCACACUGGUCCUUCGCCGCGCUCGAGCCCUACUUCCGUAAGGCCGAGCGCUGGCACGGCCCCCCGCCGCUCGCGUUCCCCGGCGUGCGCAACGCGAGCGCCGCCCUCGCCACCGCGCACGGCGAGAGCGGGCCGCUCCAGCUCAGCUAUAAUAACUGGAUCCCGGAGCCCGUGCUCGUGUCGGUCGCGGCCGCCAACGCGCUCGGCAUCCGCUCGAAUGCCAACCCCAACGGGGGCAACGCGACGGGGUUUGCGACGCCUCUGCGCGCGGUGGACCCGCAGACGGGGCUGCGCUCGUCCGCCGUGUCCGCGUACUUCGCGCCGAGCGCACAGCGCGAGAACCUCGUCGUUCUCACGGGAGCGCAUGCGGUGCGGGUCGUGUUCGACGACGGCAGCCGCGGCCGCAAUAGCACCGCGGGGCUCGUCGCGCGGGGCGUGGAAUUUAUCGCCGGGAGUCGCAACUACACGGUCCUGGCGCGACGCGAGGUGAUCCUCUCCGCAGGUGACGGCAAUCUCUUGCGCGCGCGGAGGACGUUCAAGACGCCGCAGAUCCUUGAGCUGUCGGGGAUCGGGAACCGCACCGUGCUGGAGAGCAUCGGCGUCGAGACGCUCGUCGACCUCCCCGGCGUCGGCGAGAACCUGCAGGACCAAACAUAUACCCUGUCGGAUUUCGUGGUCAAGCGCGACGUGCUCACGCUAGGCAAGUGGCCGUCCACGUAUAACCCCCGCGCGCCGCGCCAUGCUAACUGGGCGCCGUAUUUCCCGCAGACCAACUCCGGUUCAACGCAUCGUUCGUCGAGGAACAGCAGGCGCAGUUAUGCCCUCUCACGUGACCUCAUCUGCGCCGCCAGCUCCACGCAGCGCACGGGCGUCUUCACGUACGACACCGGCGCGACGGGCAGCACCCCGCUCCAGCCAAUCCUGCCCCCCUCCGUUGUCGCACGUCUCGCCGCCCUCGUCCCGCCCGCCAACACCACCGCCGCCGCUGCAAGUGAAGGCCUCGCGCCGCUGCAGCGCGCGCAGUACGCGCUCAUGCGCGGGAUGCUCGCCGAGGGCAGGGUCGGCUGGCUCGAGUUCCUCCUGCUCGCGAGCGGCGGCGCGGCCUCGCCCGCGGACGCAAACACGUCCUACGUCACGCCCAUCGUCUUCCAUCUCUACCCCUUCUCCCGCGGCUCCGUCGUAACACGCCAACUCCUCCGAUCCGCUCGCCCCCGCCGUCAUCGACCCCCGCUACCUCACGCACGAAUUUGGCAAGCCCCCUCCCUUCAUGCUCCCCCCGCGACGCGCGCUGAUCCAUUUGCGGUGCACGCCGCAGACGUCGCGAUCCACGCCGUCGCGACCGCGUGGACGCGCGAAUGGAUGCAGACGCCGCCCAUGGCCGCGCUCAUCGAGCGCGCGCACGUGCCCGACGAGGCAUCCGUCAAGACGCUCGACGACUGGGCCGCCUACGUCCGCGGCAACGCGAUCACGACACUGCACCCGAUAGGCACCGCAGCGCUGGCACCCGAAAAUCUAGGAGGCGUCGUCGCCCCCGACUUCAAGGUACACCGUACCUCGAACCUCCGUGUCGUCGACGCCAGCAUCAUCCCCCUCACGUUCGGCGUCGCGCCGCUCGCGACCGUGUACGCCAUCGCAGAAAAGGCGCGUCUUUCCUGA